CUGCCUCUCUCAACUCUUUCAUUCAACCCAGUGUGGCUUUCUUCAUUGCGUGACCGUGCUCAGAAGUCGGAGGACCGUUCCCAGGUCAAGCACUCCCCCUUUCACUUAGCCUCAGCGCCCAGCAUUGUGACACUCACUGGGUGCCAUGGCUUCCACGGAAAGACGAACUUCACUACCAGGCUCGCCGGUAUCAUUUCUCAGAGCUAUCGAUGGCAGUCACCUUAGAUGGUCAGACUUCCGCGCAGUCGUCCUCGGUGCUUUUCGGAUCAUCCUCACUGAAAGCAUGGAACUGGCAGACCUGUCACAGCCGUUCUUCGACAAGGUCAAGCGCUCGCUGCAAAAUUUGAACCGUUUUGCCAACCAGGAAAGAGAAUGGCGUGGCCAGUUGUCAGCUGGAAAAGGCUUCGGCUCGACAAUGAUAUUUCCGCCGAACAUCCUGCCCAAUCUUGACGUCGAGAUGGGUCUGCAUCGAUGUCUCGCCCCUAAAAUGAACCGAGAAGCCUUGCCGCCACGCGCGGUCAAAGCACAAGAGAGCUUGUUCGAACUGCCAACACCCAGGCCUGGGCUCCUUACCGCUUUUGCGACCGCCACAUUCAGCGAAACAGAGUUGUCGAUUCUCCCACAUUGCACGGCAUCGACUGGAACACUCGUGGACUUCACAUCGGGUUACGUUUCUCCUGGGACGACAGGCUACUGUGCCUUUCUGGCUUUCGAGCGAAUGAAUGUCGCUUCAGAGGAUGCCAUUGAAGCAGCAAAAAACCAAUGCGCAGUCGCAGGCGCUCAUUGUGUUAGAGCACUGCAACUUCUCUUCAGAAGAUGCAGCUACCCACGCACCAUCUUCGACAAGCCCAUAUCUUUCUCAUGUGCGAUUGACAACUCCACAGCUCUAAUAAACUACCACUUCGUCCAGGCAGAUGGACGCUAUUGCAUGUCUGAGAUUUCCAGGUUCAACCUCGAGGACCCGGACGGAUUCAAAGAGUUUCAGGCAUGGAUCGUCGCCAUCGAAGAAUGGGGAUCAACGUACCUGCUUCCCUUGAUCAAGAUCGCUUUGGGACAGCUUCUCAAGAACAACAGUACUCCACCUAUCUCGCCAAUGCCAUCGUUGACCCUUUCAAUUGGCACUGCUGCUGGCAGUGAAGAGGUACUCCUAAAGAUACUAAGAACCACCUUUACCACGAUCAAAUGGAAAUGUGAGGGUGAAUACGAGACGCCCCUGAACAGCAGCGUCGCGCAUUGUGGUACUCCGUUGGGAGCUCGUAAGAUCCGGACCAUGGCUCUGUCGCCGACCUCACCUGGAGAACUUCUCAGCGCGACGACUGGCCCUAACACUCCGUUCUCCAGAUGGCGGAUGAAACCCGACUGGGGCAACAGAUCGCCACUAUCCCGAAGACAUCCCCUCUCUCCACUACAACUCAGGUCGGAUGCACCCGAUUCACCUGUGCGCCGUGCUACCCUGUCUCCCUGCACUCCGCCGCCUGAUGCUCCUUUCUCCGCAAAAUCGCCUAUGCUGGUUCUCCAAAAGCGCGUUGAUCUUGCCAUGGACGAAAUUCAGGAAUUGAGAGCUCUUGUGCAGACAUUGCAAGGCGAGCUCAAACUCAAAGAAAGCCAGCUUGGGUCAGACGCAGCGACGAAAGAGUCAAGCUAUGAUGAAAGCGAUAUCACGGCCUCGACACAGAACUUCGUCAAAGUCGAACCCUGGCUGGAGAAGUCUGACACCUCAUCCUUCCGUGCCUUCCCCGCCCCAUUUGCCAGCCUUCUCCCCUCACCUCUUCGAACCUGGUCUAAUGCCAUGUGCUAUAUCCUGUUUAUCGCCACGGCAAUGACAUUAGGGAAUGAUGUCUGGGUUAUAGUCUUAUGUCUCGCUCCCUCUUUCGCAGGCUGUGUGCUUCCUGUCUUGCACGGACUCAUGAGCAACCUCGAUUCCGUUCCGUAUAAAGGCAGUUGCCUUUGAGCGGCUCUUUAGA